GAGGUGGCAGCUGACGUGUAAUACACAUAGAGGUGACAAUGAGAUUUUUUUUUUUUAAUACUAUCCAGUUCCUCUUAUGUACCUCACCAUAUAUUAGUUUUAAACUGGGGUAUAGCUGUGAGUGGGUGCUGGAUUUUAGGAGGGAUAUCAACAAACCAAUGUAUCUUGGCCAGGACCUUUAGAUAAAUGUGCAUGAAGAGGAACCCCAAGUUCUAGAGGCUCCUACAUAGUAAAUCUGUCAAAAUAGUAGUGUGUUUCUUUAAAGAGUACCAUAGUGCACCAUAGUGCCAAAAAAAGAACCUAAUCCUUAUCAUGUACAUACAAUUUGUUAUGUGUCUAGGACCUAUAUAUCCCUAAAAAAUAGCAUUUAUAUGUUGCUCACAUGCUUUGUGUUCUUGCAUUAUGGAGGGGGCGUGUCAAUAGAAACUGCACUCUGAGUCCACGAGGCUUACUAUAAAGCAGUGUUUCUCAACCAGGGUGCCUUAAGCUGUUGCAAAACUACAACUCCCAGCAUGCUGAUCAUGAGUCAUGUAAGACAAACAAUCAAAUUCACAACCAGCAGCCAGAAGGCAUUCUGCUUUGUACGUGACUCGUCACCUGCUCUCCGUUCUUGUUUUUUUUUUUACUAUGUCUACAUGUAUGUGUAACCUCUGUGGAGUUGGCUGCAUUAUCUGAAAUACCCAGUAGAUGGCGGAUGGAGACCACAAAUGAACUAGUAUGCUGUUAAUAAAGACUGGAGCUGUGAUCACAUGAUUAGCAGCCAUUUCAUGAGAGAUAAUGCUGAUUGGUGGAGACUUUGGUCACAUGAUUGUGACAUCCCACAGGUCCUGUGCUCUGAGGAUUUGCUGAGACGACCACAAGCUUAGCCAGAGAAAAGACAUGCUUCUAGCUGUGAGAGUCUGCACCACAGAGACUGCGCCUAGCUGAGAGAACUUGCUUCACACAGGACCACACCAGCUGAGAGAGAGACCUGCUGGCAGAGACAAGCACUGAGUCCAGAUGUCCGGUGAAUACGGUGAAAUGAGACUGCUGCUGAACUGACCUGGUUAAUGGUGUUGUGAGGACAUAAGAAAAAUAAUGCAGAAGGGUUAUCCCAAUAGCGACAAUGCUACCCUACAGACAACCUCUGUGUAUUCAGUUCAAAACCCGGCAUACUCACCGCAGGUGCCACAAUACAACAUGACCUACAUGCCAAAUCCACCACCAUAUAGUGAGCAUAACCCCUCACUGGAGAACGCCUCAGGGUAUAGCGCCUUCCCGCCUCCCCCUCACUAUGCCUUCACUGGUGACGACGGCCCCAAAUCAGAUGAGGAAUAUCCCCCAGAGUACACAGCACCAUUGCAGGAUUCCAGCCCAUUCUCCGAACGUACAGUCAGAAGAGCUUUUAUCCGGAAGGUCUACCUGACAUUGACCGUACAGCUGAUUGUAACAUUUGGUCUCGUAUUCAUGUUUACAUUUUGGAAAACACUGAGACAAUGGACGUGGACAAACCCGUAUCUUCUAUAUGCACUUAUACCUGCCACCUUUAUUCUCGUUAUGGUACUUGCCUGCUGCGACGGCGCCCGACGGAAAGUUCCAUUAAACUAUAUACUACUUGCAAUUUUUACUGUGUUAGAAGGCUGCUUACUGGGAUCUAUUGCAGCGUUAUAUGAUGCUGAUGCUGUGAUGUGGGCCACUGGAGCCACCAUACUUGUUACUUUCGGACUAACCCUUUUUGCUUUUCAAACAAAGUGGGAUUUCACCAUUAUGUCUGGAGGCCUUAUGGUUGCGCUCUUGGUGUUACUGUCGUUUGGCAUACUCGCUGCUAUUUUCAGGUCAAUGUGGUUGAAUAUCGUCUAUGCGUGCAUUGGGACCUUCAUUUUUGGAAUGUACCUGGUUGUGGACACACAGCUGCUCCUUGGUGGAAAGCACAAAUACUCGCUGAGCCCUGAGGAAUAUAUCUUUGCUGCUCUGAACAUUUACGUGGACAUUGUCAAUCUCUUCUUGCUCCUCCUGCGGAUCUUUGGGUCGUGUAGUUAGAAGAUACUGUCAGAAGUUUACUGUAUUUAUAAUAUUGGUUAAAGACAAACAAGGGGCGUGUAUGGUGCCCAUUACUGUACCCUAUAUUCUCCAAAUACCAUAAAUCCAAUGACACGAAUACAGAUGUAAUAAUAACGACAAUCCGCCCCAUAUAUUCCUUGCAGAAAUACAUUAUUUUUCUGUUGUUAAAUUUGUAGAGUAUUUAUUUUUUACUGAUAUUUGAUUUCUAACUUUUAGAAAUGUUUGCGUAAA